AUGGUAUCACGGUUCGAACGCCUAAUGGGGUGCUCCUCAAUCCCGAUAGGAGAUCGGACUUCGCCUGAGACGGUGGCACAAUGCUCAGGACGAGGCGACUGUCUAAACGGUACUUGUCUGUGCGAAAUUCGCUACAGUGGCGAAGAGUGUUCCGGAUUUAAUCUACCCUACCAUGCCGGCAUUUCGGCAGUAUUCUACUUUGUGGGUUUUGUUUCGCUGGUCCAGCUGAUGAUAUGCAUCAUUGCCGAGUACCAGCGGCUGAAACAGCCCAGCUUUUUGGCCGCAUGUCGUUUAACUACGCAAAAGUUGUUGUAUUUCUUCGUCUUUAUUGCGGCGGUACUGCGUGGCGCUUAUUUCACCACUCCAGAAACGUUACAGCCGGCAUGGGUUUCGUAUCUGAUGUCCCUAUACUAUCCGCUCGUCAUGACUUGCGCGUCGCUCGUAGUGUGCCUUUGGGCGGAGAUCUUCCACCUGCAAGGCAUCCGCUGGGAACGAUCGCAGUUCUUGUCGAAAAGUUUUCUUGGAUUUCUGGCCUUUAAUCUGCUACCCUACAGUCUGUUUCUGGCGGAGAUUGCGUACUCGCAUCUAUUUACCGGACGUAGCACUUCGUUCUUUAACGGAUGUUACGCAGUGUUGCUGCUGAUCGUGGUCAUCUUUUUCCUCAUCUACGGUGUCGAAGUGUUCUUCAAGGUUCGUGGGGGCUUUGUCUAUGACUUCGGCGUGGUGCCAAAUAGUGAAAAUGUGAACGCUUCCCAGCUGCACCAAUCGCGUUUCGGUUUACUCAGCCAGGCGAUCAUGAUGAUAGUGAUCGUCGGUUUUCUCACCUCGGAAACAUUGGGCGAUUUUUGGAAGAAAAAGGUACCGGUGUACUCACGCAACUGGCACGAUAUUGUAUUCCGGUUGGCGGAGGUCGGCGUUGCGCUUUGGUUCCCGUGCUGUCUGUGGAACUCGAUGGCUCCGGAGCAGCUCUGGAUAUUGAACCCGCGCAAGCUUCUGACACGCCAGAUCGAUCCAGUUGCAGGCAGCGCGUGUGCAGCAGGAACAGCGGAAGCACCGGCCGAACCGUCCACGUCGGCCAACGCCGAAGAGGGACAGUCGUUUCUGGCGAAAAAGGACUGCUGGAUUUGCUACGAUACGGAUAAGCCGGAACCGUUGAUCCAGCCGUGCAAAUGCAUCGGUGACGUUAGCUCGGUGCAUCAUGAGUGUUUGCGCCGCUGGCUCGUGGACAGCUGCGCUAACAGUGAUGCCGUGCUGAAAUGCAAAGUGUGCGACUCACCGUACGAAAUUGAGCGAUCAAACAGGCUUGAUUGGGAGAAGGGUUUCACGAUCCAGCACUGGGCUAAAACGAUCAUCAUCGUGACGCUGAUGUGCAUCACGGGUGCGGGCGCUUGGGUCAUCAUACAGCUGAACGAAGAUUCAUUUGUGCGCGUCCUUGUAGCCGGGUUUGCGAUCAUCAUCGGGUACAUACUGUUUAAAAUGCUCGGCGAGAACACGGUAACCGCGAUCCAGCGGGCAAAGGUGAGCUCGAUCUACAUCGUUACCUCGGUGAACGAUCUGCAAACUUAA